UCUUGAGAUGAACCCGAUGAGUCUUGUGCAUUCCAUAAUAAAAUAUUCUGCAAUAUUAUAUUUUUUCAAAGCCCAAACCAUUACAAAAUUCUCAUACUAUCCUCCGUCACUCGUUUAUUUUUCUUCUGGAGCACCACUGAGAAUUAAAAAAACAAACAAACGAACAUAACCUAUUUUACCAAUUGCUCUCAUCGUGGUUCGUAGUUCCCCCGACUUUUUACUUUUUUUGUCUCCACUCUCCACAAAAAUCGUUUAGUUAAUAAUUAUCAGUCUGGAAAUCUCGUAUCAGUGGACGGUGUAGUUGAAUUCAUUGUGCAGAUCGUUUCUGCAAUUCAUGACGCUGUAUUUGCGUGGAAUUGUUCGCAUUGCUCACUCUCACUAUCAGUUCAACUUGCCCAAGUAUGAACUUCUGAUUCUAGGUAACCACCUAUCUCUGAUCAAAAGAUCGAGCAAUGCAAGUUGCUGUCAUAGGAGCUGGAGCAGCUGGCCUGGUCGUUGGCCGCAGACUAGUAGAGGACAUGCCUGGGGCAGACUUCACAAUAUUUGAGCAAACUGACUCAGUAGGUGGUACUUGGGUUUAUACUGAGGAACAGUUCAAGGAUAAAUAUGGUCUACCAAUCCAUUCAAGCAUGUACAAAUCUCUUAGAACGAAUUUGCCAAAAGAGACGAUGGAAUACUUUGGGUUCCCCUACGACAAGACUCACGAAGGGAUUUCAUAUCUAAACGCUGCUGACAUAGUUCGCUACUUAGAACAGUUUGCUAAACAUUUUGAGCUUAUUGAAAAAAUAAAGUUUAACCAUCAUGUCACCAGUGUAAUGCCAUUACCCAACAACCGAUGGCAAAUCACAGUAACAGAUUUACCAAAAGACAGUGAGAAACAGUUUGAAUUUGAUGCAAUAUUCGUAUGCAAUGGGCAUCUUCAUCGUCCAAAUCACAUAAAAAUUGAGGGUCAGGAUGUUUUUUCUGGGUUUCAGUUGCACAGUCAUCAUUACCGCAAACCAGAUGCCUACAAGGAUAAAAAUGUUCUAGUUAUUGGAUCCGGGCCGUCUGGUACAGAUAUAAGUGUUGAACUGUCAAAUGUAGCACAAAAUGUCUACUUAAGCCAUCAUGAUCCAACAAUUGACCAGAUUGUUUUCCCUGAAAAAGUCACUAAAAAGCCUGAUGUACUGCGACUGAAUAAUGACUCUGUGGACUUUGUUGACGGAUCAACAUCACACAUUGAUGCCAUACUCUACUGCACAGGUUACAAAAUGAAUAUGCCAUUCUUAACUCCGGAAUGUGGUCUGGAAAUUACUGAUCGCUCUGUGAGCCCUUUAUUUUUCCAUAUGGUGAACAUUAAUAUCCCGACUAUGUUCUUCAUCGGCCUAGUGAAUAAAUCAUUUUUAUUUCCACUUUUUGAAAUGCAGGCUGAAUUUUGUACGAAAACUCUCAAUGGCUACAUUUCGCUUCCCCCCAAGGAGGAUAUGCUGAAAUGGUGGCAAGCUGAAAAUUCGCAAGUACAACUCCAUCAGAAGAAACCACAUUAUAUUGGAAACGCAAUAAAAGAAUAUCAUGAUUUUAUACAUAAAUUUGCGAACACAAAUAUUUAUGAUCCAGUAGUGUUCAAAAUUUAUAAAGAUUCAAGCUCAAGGAAGAAAAGUCACAUGCUAAAUUAUAGAAGUGAUGUUUACACUGUGAUAGAUGUAGAAAAUUUCCGUAGAAUUAACCUGGAUGGAAUUGAAUGAAUCUCAUUUUUAAUGUAAUCAAACCUGAAAAUGCUAUUAUUUUAUUUAAAGACUUAGACGCAGGUGUUCAAAUAGCACAACACUAUUUCAUACAAAAAACUUGUUAACAAACAUGUAACGCUUAUCAGGAUUAAUUGUUAUUCAGGAAUUAAAAGUAAAAAUGGCUUCAAACUUUUUAAGCAAUUGUGCAAAUGUUAAUAUAUAAGUGCAAUAAAGUUGAUUCUAACCAUUUUAAAUAAUUCGACCAAACAUAAAAUGUAGGUCCAAUGUUCCGUAGAAUUUUAGAAAGUGUUUAGCAUGGAAAACUGAAAAUCAGUAUUUCGGAUCCUAUUCUAGUUUGUUUGCGGAAGCGAACAAUUUGAGUUCACUCCUGCAAGCACAUUUUUCCCUGCUGCAUCACAAAUAACAAUUAUAAGUUCAUUUAAAAACCAAUCUGUUUACCCUUUGAUUUGUUUAUUACAGUAUUUUUGUAGACUUAAAAUAUUCUGAAUUUGUUAUGAAGUAUGGAAUCAUAUUUUUUUUUUGUUUUGUUCUGUUCUUAGUACUCUCUUCCAAACAACUAUUUUCUCAUUAAUAUUGACUAUCCUUCGGUGUAAUAAAAUUUAAAAAUGUUACCUA